AUGGACACGGAAUCCACGCGCAGCAACAAGAGCGAGAAAAGCGGCACGGCUGCUCUUGUCGAAGAGAGGACGCCUGUGGAAGCCCAGUUGGAUCAGAUCCGCACACCUGACCUGCAACAGAGACAGGACAUCGAUCACACGGUGCGGGAGUGGAACGAUGGCUUCUUUGGUCCUCGUGGGCUGCUCAUCGAGAUUGGCGAGAGUGCAACGCCGGGUGAGAAUUACCGCGUGCCAGGUGCCUGGGACCAGUCUUUCAACAACGACAGCCCCAGCCUCUCGCGCUCUGGCAACUCACGUUAUCACCAUACUGGUCCAUACGGGCCUCCCCGCCAGCCGGACAAUACCGGCCGCAGCAGGCGAUUCCCUAAAGGUCUCAAUAUUCCUGGUGUUUCCAUCGACUCCAACAGUCUGUCCAUUGGCAGUAGCUUUGUUGCCAAUCCGAAUGGUGUGAGGAUCGGUGGAGUUGUAAUGGACAACAAUGGUCUUCCGGUCACAAAGACCUAUCUGGAGGAGUGGCUCUCACAGCCCGAUAAUCUCGUCACCCACGAGACGGUCAAGGAAGCCAGGGAGGAAAUCAAAGCCGCCCGGAGGACCGCACCGCAAGACAUCAGCGACCCCUUGGCACGGGACGCCAUGCGCCAGCAGGUGCGAGGCAUGAUGAGCCAGUGGAGGGUCUUGAAGAGGGAGCAACGGGCCAUGAGGAGACAGCGCAAGAAGGACAGGAGGGCUCGUCGCAGGUCUGAGAAGAAGGCGCGUCGGCAGGCGAGGCGCGAGAGGAAGCGGGACCACCCACAGGACAAGAAACGCGGAGGCCGGGAUGAAGAGCAGGAUGCCGGGAUCCAGCCCAAGCACGACGCCGUGGGACCACAUGGUGUCUCGUCGGCGAUGUACAGUUCCCUCGAGACAAAGAGAAGAGUACUACAGGGCAAGAGGGACGCCCUGGAGAACUUUCCUGGCGAUUCCCACGGCGAAGACAGCCAGUCCCACAAGGGCGGUGCGCCAUCGCUUGUCGGCAUACUUGCUGAGAUUGAGGAACUCGAGAGAUCCGUGGCCAAGCUCGGUCUGGAAGCAGAUGAACAGUUCGCAAAGGAGCUGGCCGCUCUCGAGGAGUAG